ACCCCCGCCUUCUCCGCCGCUGUGAUCUUCCUUCUUUCUCCUAUAGACAGAAAAGGAAAGUAGAAGAACAGGAAAAGUGUCUUCAUUUUCUUCAGCAAAGUUCUUCAGGGGUCCUGUUUCCUCCAUUUUCGUUAUCGGUUUGCACUUAUCUCGAUCGGGCCACUCUGUUUUUCGGGGGUGUUCGCUGUUUUCUCUGCUCAUUGAUUUGGUUGGAUAGAAGGGAAGGAUGGCCGAGAACGCUAGAGUUUCGGGCCACCGAACCCUCACCGGCCUGCUGAAGAAGGCCGCCGCCGAGUUCCCCGACCGGCGAGCGCUUGCUCUCUCUGGCAAGUAUGAGCUUACGCACGGCCGGCUCGACGAGCUCGUCGACCAGGCCGCCGACCGUCUUCUCCGCCUCGGCGUCCGACGCGGCGAUGUCGUUGCACUUACCUUCCCCAAUACCAUCGAGUUCGUGGUGGCUUUCCUGGCGGUGAUCCGAGCCCGGGCCACGGCCGCACCACUCAACUCGGCCUACACCGCCGACGAGUUCGAGUUCUAUCUCUCCGACUCCGAAUCGAGGCUCCUCCUGACCCCUGCCGAAGCCGCCAGCAACUCCGCCUCCGUCAUCGCCGCGGCGAAGCUCGGUAUCCCCCGGGUCGCCGUCUGCAUCGAUCCCUCGACCCUCUCUGUUUCCAUCGCUGGAAAUCUCCUCGUGGAUGAGCACCAGUCGGACUCCUCUCUCUCCUCGGUUAUCAACGAUGCCGACGACGUGGCGCUCUUUCUCCACACUUCCGGCACUACCAGCCGGCCCAAGGGCGUUCCCCUGACCCAGCAAAACCUCGGUGCCUCCACCCAGAACAUCGUCGGGGUCUAUGAGCUCUCCUCCACCGACGCCACCGUCAUCGUCCUCCCCCUCUUCCAUGUCCACGGUCUGCUUGCGGGCCUUCUCUCCCCGCUCACGGCCGGAGCAUCGGCCGUCCUCCCAGCAGCAGGCCGCUUCUCUGCCUCGACGUUCUGGGCGGACAUGCGGGCGUACGGGGCCACGUUCUAUACCGCGGUGCCCACCAUCCACCAGAUCCUCCUCGACCGCCACGCUUCCAAGCCCGAAACCGACUACCCGAAGCUGAGGUUUAUCCGUAGCUGCAGCGCCUCGCUCGCCCCUGCCGUGCUGGAUCGGUUGGAGAAGGCCUUCGGCGCGCCCGUGCUAGAGGCCUACGCCAUGACGGAAGCCUCCCACUUGAUGGCAUCCAAUCCUUUGCCCCACCGCGGCCCACACAAGCCGGGCUCAGUUGGCCGGCCGGUGGGUCAGGAGAUGGCGAUCCUGGACGAGAAUGGUGUGAUCCAGAGGGCGAACGCGAACGGCGAGGUGUGCAUACGAGGGCCCAACGUAACCAAGGGGUACAAGAACAACCCCGAAGCCAACAAGGCGGCCUUCGGGUUCGGUUGGUUCCACACGGGUGACCUUGGAUACAUGGACUCAGAUGGCUAUCUUCACCUCGUUGGCCGAAUCAAGGAACUCAUCAACCGUGGAGGAGAGAAGAUAUCGCCCAUUGAGGUGGACUCGGUUAUGCAAUCGCACCCAGAUGUUGCUCUGGCGGUUGCCUUUGGCGUUCCCGACGACAAAUACGGCGAAGAGAUCAACUGCGCGGUGGUGCCGAGGGACGGAGCGUCGAUAGACGAGGCGGAGUUCUUGCGCUUCUGCAAGAAAAACUUGGCGAGCUUCAAGGUGCCCAAGAGGGUGUUCGUUGCCGACAGCUUGCCGAAGACGGCGACCGGCAAGAUUCAGCGAAGGCUGGUGGCGGAGCACUUCCUGGCCAAGGUUUCUGCUGCGAAGGUGCCCAAGUUCGGAGCCUAGAAAGUGGGGUAGUUGUGCUCCCAGGAGGGAGAAAUUAAGUGCGAGGCAAGUGUUAGGAAAGAAUAGCAGUAGCGGAUUACUGUAGCAAGUGUAGGUUUUGCGGGCUUGAAUUCCGUGUCAAAGUCCUUUUCCUCCUUUGCUUGUGGCUCCUCUCUCCUCUUUCCUCCUUGCAAGAAAAAAAGGGGUGCGAGGAGAAGCAUUUGAGGGGAGUUCCAGCAUUAUCAUUUAUAUAAAUCUGUCUGUUGGCAUUCGUUUAUUAAAUUCGAUUUCAUAUUUAUGACUC